AUGUUUUUCUUUCUUUCUGUUAUCUGUUAUUUUGAAAAUUUAGUUAUUAAUACCCUUUCUUUUGUUUUAUUCCAUUUAUCAAUGAUUCUUUCAUUCCUCCUGUCUAAUUUCCUUUCUUUUUCUACCUAUUUUAUAAGGUUUUCGUUUUUGCACAAACGUUGGCCUGCUUUAUAUUCUUCUUUCCUUCUUUCUUUCUUUCUUUCUUUCUUUCUUUCUUCUUACUUGAUUUGUUUUCAACUUUUCAUUUUUUUCUGUCACUUUCUUUCUUUCCUCUUUCUUUCUUUCUUUUUCUUUCUUCUCUCUUUCGUUUUCUUUCGUUCGUUCUUUCUUUCUUUUCUUUUUUUCUUUAUAUCUUACAUUCAGCCAGCUCCACGAAAAAUAAAGUAUUUAAUUUUGUUUCAUUUUCAUACCUUUUCAAUUGUUUUCUUUUCUUCUUUCUUUCUUUCUUUUUUCUUUUUCUUUGUUUGUUUUUUUCGUUCUUUUUUCAUUCUGCUUUCUUUCUACAGUUGUUUUUUUCUUUCUUUUCCUGUCAUUGAUUCUUUUUCUUUCUCGUUUCGUUCUUUUUCUUUCUUUCUUUUUGCUUUGUUUAUUUUUCUUUGUUUCUUCCUUUUUCCUUCAAUGUUUCUUAUUCUUUCUUUCUUUCUUUCUUUCUUUCACCCACCUCCACUGGAAAUAAAGUAUUUAAUUCUGUUUCAUUUCAUUCCUUUACAAUCGCUUUUUUCUUUGUUUACUUUCUUCCUUCUUUCUACCUUUGCCUUUUGUUUUUCUUUCUUUCUUUCUUUCUUUCUUUCUUUCUUUCUUUCUUUCUUUCUUUCACUCUUUCUUUCUUUCUUUCUUACAUUCAGCCACCUCCACUGGAAAUAA